AUGACAUCCUGCAGCAGCGAAAGUGAUUCCAGUGCACAAGAAAAAGACGUGCCUGCCGUCGCAGUUGGAAAAAGUUCUGGUUCCACCAAAGAGCAGGGUCAACACGCAGUCGAAUCACCAGAAGUACCUCAAGCAUCUAGUCAUAAGCCUGCAGAAAAAGUGAAUGUUGCCAAAGAAGACAUAAUUGAAAUCGUGCCUUCUGCUCCUGCCGAAGUCAAAGAUGUGAAUCUCGACGAUGUAGGUUGCUGGCCUUCUCCUAUGACCGACGAAGUCAGAACGCUUCUAGUACGUCGCGGAUCUGACUCAGUACAGUACAUCGAUUCUAAAUUUGCUGAUGUUGUUCGCCCAGGGUCUUCAACUAAAGGCGGUACCCGAAAACUAACCAAAGAGUGGUUCUACAAACCAUUAUCUAACGGCGAAAAGGUUCUCCGAACAUGGAUGGUGUACUCGCCUUUGAAGCAAUCCUUGUAUUGUUUUUCUUGCAAGCUGUUCGGCAAUUCCGGCUCGAACUUCGCAUCUGAAGAAGGAUUUAACAAAUGGUGGAAGCUAAAUCCAAGAAUCGGAGACCAUGAAAAUAGCCUGGGCCAUGAACAGAGCUUCUUGAAAUGGAAGGAGUUGGAAGUUCGCCUAAACUGUAAAGCAACCAUUGAUCAGAAACAACAAGAAGUUUUCGAAAGUGAGGAGAAGAAGUGGAGAGAUGUACUGUACAGGUUGCUGAAUAUUAUCCAGUUCUUAGCCAAACAGAAUCUGGCCUUCAGAGGACAUCGAGAAGACAUUCGAGGAGAUGAUAGUGGCAAUCGCGGGAACUUUUUGGAGUUAGUGCACCUCCUAGCUAAAUACGACCCUCUUUUAAUGGAACACCUGACAAAGAUAAAGCUGGGAGCUAGGGUUUCAGUUUCGUAUCUAUCUCCAGAAACCCAGAAUGAAUUUAUUAACUUACUGGGACAGCAAGUUCGAUCCACCAUUAUCCGUCGUAUACAACAAGCUAAAUAUUAUUGCGUAAUCUUCGACAGUACACCAGACAUCUCCCACAAUGACCAAAUGAGCCAAGUUCUGCGAUACGUGCAUAUCGAAGGAGAAAAAGUCGCCGUGGUAGAAUCUUUCAUUGAUUUCUUCGAACCAAAAGGAAAAAAUGCAGAAGAUCUCAGCAACGAUAUAAUCGCGAAGAUAACAUCAGACGGACUGGACAUACAGAAUUUGAGAGGACAGGCUUAUGACAAUGCUGCCACCAUGUCAGGGAUCCACAAUGGAGUUCAAGCCCGGAUUAAAGCACUGAAUCCGAAAGCUAUAUUCGUUGCAUGCACAAACCACUCACUAAACUUGGCUGGGGUACACGCUGCUUCUGAAUCAGUGGAUUCCGUGACGUUUUUUGGAACUCUGGAGAAGCUAUUUGCCUUCUUUUCUGCAUCAACUGCUCGAUGGAACGCUUUGGUUGCCGUCACAGGUCAAGCAGUGAAACGAGUCACUAAAACGCGCUGGAGCGCUAGACAUGUAGCUGUCAAGAUGCUUAAAAAUAAGUUUGAGGUAGUUCUUGAGGUACUGGAACAAUUAACAGAUUCAUCUCAAACUUUCGAAACAAGAUCGGGAGCCAGUCUUCUCCUGACAGCCAUGCAGUCAUUUAACUUCCUAACUUUUCUUGGCUUUUGGGCUGCAAUGCUACCUGAAGUAGAUGACGCACAGAUUUACCUGCAACAAAGAGGACUUAGUGUGGAUAGGUGUGCUCAGAAGCUCUGCGCUUUGAAAACCCUUUUAAUGGAAAGUAGAAACCGUUUCGUGCAAGAAGCAAUUGACUUUGCUAAGACUGUCUGCGAAAAACUCGGAAUCGAACUCAAAACGAGAAGAAUUCGCAGGAAAAAACGCAUGCAUGGCGAUGAAUCUUCUGAAGAUGCAGCUUUGUCUCACGAGCAGGAAAUCCGACGAGAGGUGUUCGCAUCAUUCGACAAGAUCAUUCAAGAAAUGACGACUCGAUUCCAGCAACUUCAAGAAAUAUCGGACAAGUUCGGAUUUUUGAUGCCAGCAAAACUUUUGGACAGCGAGUUCGAGUGUGAUCUUUCCCAUGUAUUAGAAGACAUCGACAGGGACGAGUUUCAGAUGGAGCGGAAGCGACUCCAGCAGUUUGUUGCCUGUUCUGAAUCAGACGAAAAUAUAAGUGGUAAAGGACCACUGGAGCUCCUCCAGUUCAUUCAAAAACUAAAUCUCGGAAUUUCGGUUCCAAAUAUAGUCGUCUUGAUUCGUAUAUAUUUGACUUUAGCGAUUAGUGUUGCAAGUUGUGAGAGAAGUUUCUCGAAGUUGAAGCUAAUAAAAAAUUACCUCAGAUCUACUAUGAGCACCGCUAGACUAUCAAAUUUGGCUAUAUUGUCGAUUGAACAAGAAUUGGCUGCUAAUAUUGAUUUUGACAAAGUUAUUUCUGACUUCGCUGCUCAUAAGGCCCGUAGAAUCCGCUUGUAAAACCGCUCAUACUAUUUUACCUUGAAUAAAAGAUACCUCAUUGCCUGUGAAAUUUAAUUUUAAUUAAGCACCUAUAGAAUGGGGGCGGCAAAACGGGUCUCCCG